AUGGCUUUCUAUCACCCACAGGCGCAAGUAGGUUUCCCGGGACGUACGGCUGCUCCUCCCGGACGAGCACGGCUCCCUCCUGCCCCUUCCCCCGGAGACCUAACGCCAACCCGCGGCGCGCAGGGCACACCGCCAACCGACAGCAAGCGGCGGGCAGGGGCGUGGACCCCGACCCGCAGGAGAAGCCGACGCGAGCCGAGAAGCCGGGCGCGCUACACCUGGCCCGCCGCUUCCCCACCGGCCCGGGAGCGAAUGGCCCAGGCCGCGCUGCAGCGGCGGCCUGCCGAGGCAGCGCGACACGCACCGCUGCCAGCCAUGCCCCGCCACCCCAACGGCACCGGGAGAGGGCAGCGCACCCGGCCCCGCACCGCGGCGCCAAAGGGGCCCUCAGCACGCGCGCUGCAACGAGAAGCGGUCCCCAGCCCAACGCCGCCGCACGGUCCGCGCCGCGCUCACUCACGCCGGGCGCCGGGUCCGCCGCCGAGCCGCGGUCCCCCAACAGCCGCGCCGAACGCAGCGCACCCUGCGGGCCCCUCCCCACCGGCAGGAAAUGAUCCGACCCCGCGCGACGGCCCCGCCAACCGCGGCUGCCGCGCGCCGGGCCGCGCCCGCCCCUUCCGUCCCUCCCGCGGCAGCGGCCCCGGAACGGCGGGGCCUAGCGCAGCCCGCCGCUGGCUACGACCUCUCCCAGAGCUGGCCGUGUGUCGGCACGGCCCGUGCCAGCCGGUAUAUCCGUGA